UAAAGUUUGCAUUGGGAUCGUGGCUUAUCCUGAGAUGUUUUCCCCGGAGAGCUGCAGUUGCGUUGUCUCUGCGGGUUUGCGGAGCGGAGCCGGUACUCCCGGAGCCUGGGACUGGGAUGGAGCGCGGAGCUGUAGCGGGCUCCUGCUGGACCCCCAGCGGGGGCUGUUGCUCUGCCAUGCCCAGAUCCUCUCCCCUUUCCUCGGGCAGGGCCAGCUGCUCAGCCGCCAGCCCUUCCUGCUGCCCGGGGCUUACCACAGGGAGCUGCAGAUCCGGGUGCAGUUUCCUGCAAGCAACCCCAGCCCAGGCUCCCCAACCCCCUCUGAGCCUGUCCCGGAUGCCCCCAGCCCUGACCUGCACCCAGAGGUGCCACCCUCAGGCGCGGCGAGAUCCCAGGGCACUAGCCCGGCCACUUUGCUGGUGGCGUUCCCUUGCCCGGCGUUCUGGGAAGCCUUCCAGAGUGUGUACCAGGAGGCUGACCGCUGGCACUUCCACCUGGAUGACCAGGAGGCCGACCUCGACGGCCUGUUCUGGUUCGGUUUGCUGCAUUGCCCGAGCUGGGCAGGGGGUGCCCAGGCUGGGGAGACCCUCCCGUGUGUGAGGAGCGAACACCUGAGGAAAGGGCAGACCCUGCUCAGCUGCGCUUCCCCGUUCGCCAGCCUCUGGUCAGAGGUCUUCAUGAACACGUUCAGUAAAGGGAUCGUGAGUAAUCUGGCCGGAGAGCGCAACGCGGUGAUCCUGACUGAUGCCCGUUGUCUGCCCGGGACCGAAGGAGGUGGCGUUUAUCUUGAGCUGCACGGUCUGUACUAUUUAGCGGGCGUAAUCGUGGCCCCACUCUGUUGGAAGGCCCAGGAGUGGGUUGGACUGACCCUGGUGUGUUCUAUCACCUGCAUUCUCAAAGCCGCCAGAAGGAUUUGGGGUGCACUUGGCAAGAAUGGCAAGAUCGUGUCGUUUUGCCCACUGUCUGGUCACCUGCCCGUGCCCAGCCCAAGGUGGCAGGGUGACCUAACCCGGCUGCUUGGGUCAGUUGCCCUUCUGGAGUGCGAUGGCGUGUGGGGCUCGGGCGUGGUGGUCAGUCCCCGACUGAUACUCACGUGUCGCCAUGUGCUGGGCUGGGCAUCAGCUGUCCAAGUGACCAUACGGCCUGGCUUAGGCAGUCGCCUCACGUUGAAGGGAAGAGUGUUAUUUGCUACGAAAGAGAACUCAGCCUAUGAUGUGGCAGUGGUGGAACUGGAAGAAGACCUGCUGUAUGUUGAGAUACCUGUUGCUGCUUCUGGGUUUAACAAAGGAGAAGAUGUCUGUGUCAUUGCCUAUGGGGUGUUUGGCCAGAGCUGCGGGCCUUCAGUGACAGCUGGUGUGCUUUCUGCUGUGGUCACAGUGGACCAGCAGCCAGCGAUGCUUCAGACAACCUGUGCAGUCCAUGCUGGGGCCAGUGGGGGACCUGUCUUCAGAACAAGCAGCGGAGAGUUACUGGGCAUUGUAUCUAGCAACGCACAGAAUAACAGAGCAGGGGCCUCCUAUCCCCACCUGAACUUCAGCCUUCCCAUCACCGUCCUACAGCCUCUACUUGCUCGUUACAACCAAACAAGAAACGCUGCGGUCUUUGAGCAACUGAACCAAGUGAACGAUCGGCUUCGUGCUCUUUGGAGACUCCAGGAUGGCUUCUCAAAUACUCAGAGGAGCAAACUCUAAUUGUGACGGGUCACCCAGGAGUUUGAUAAUGUUGACCCCUCGUAGUUGAAGGUCCAAGAUGCCACUGGGGGGAUUAGUCCCACAAAGUUGAAAAUAACGAGGAGUUUGUCUUCCCUGGCUGUGGAGACAAUGGUGCGGCAUGCACUAUAAUCCAUCAAUCAUAGAUGACUUAAUCCAGAUUAAAUCUGAGAAAGAUGGAGUAAAAUGUUAAAACUGUGAGCUCAUCUCUGACAUUCAGAUGAUGAGGAGGACUGUUUGAACCUUGUUUUCUCAAUGUUUAAAGUGACUUGAAUUUUGCAAGAGAUUGUCACAGGAAUGGGAGUAGGCCAUUCAGCCCUGGGGGGCUGUCACUUGAGUUCUGAAUAUGUUGUGUAAAGCACAGCAAGGUUAAAGGCUGCUUUUUCGUGAGGCAGCUCCAUUGUCCCAAUGCUUUGCUGUCAUAAGCAUUCUGACCUUGUGAGAUUGAGGAAAGAAAGGAAUUGAUGAGCACGGACCUGAUUUUAACAGGGAAUACUGAAGAGUGUGAACCUCCAACAAUCUAAUUAAGGCAAGUGGAACUGAAUAAAUCUUUCCAAAAACGUUUGGGUCUGGGCGUUCUGGCUUUCUAGUGCUUUUUCUGAGGGGGUGUGAGAUACAGCUGUGUUACAUGGAACGUCAGAGAAGCCUUUGACUCUGUAUCACAAAGACAAUUCAGAGGUACGGAUAGGAAAAUCUAUAAAGGAGUAAAAUGCCAAUUGCUUCCACAUAGAAAAGGUUUGUUGUACUAGAAGUGACAAAGUAAACGACCUCUGUAUUCACUGGAAUUUCAGAGAAUGAGAAGUAAUCUUAUUGAAAUGUAUAAAAUUUUUAAAGACUUAAAGGUUAUGAGAGUCCAAAGCUCUGUAGGCAACACCUUCCAAACUCAUAACCACUUCCAUCAGAGAAGCAGCUGAUUGUAGGUGGUGGCGGGUGGGGUAGGCAGCUCUUGAGCCCGAAUCUCAUCCAUUCCACCUGCUUUCCUCUUUUCUUUCCUUUUUGUCUUUUUUUAAAGCCUUUAUUGUUUCUUCCUCACCGUUUGGAGGGUGUAGAGGCAGUGACGGAGUGUGGCAGCGGCUGGGUCUAGCACCAGCUCAGUGGUGAUGCAGCCGAAGGCCAGGGCUGAAGUUUCACAAGCCUGGCAUUCCAGGGCAGCUCUGAGCCCAGCGCGGGGCACAGCGAAGCCCUCUUGGGGCAACCCCAGCCUGGAGCAUCUGCAGGCCCGUGUCUGACAUUUUAGCUUUAUGUUUCUACUGUUACGCUAAAAAGACCGUAGUGCUGAACUUUAUAACCUCUUUCUUUAUUUUUCUUUUG